AUGCAUGAUAAGAAGCAAAUUCUUGUGAUACAUCUGAAGAUGGCAUCGAUUCAUGCUAAUCUGACAUCAGUCAUGUGCAAAAACUCCAACCAUUCUUCCCUUUCAAAGAUUUCCAAAACUGCUUUCUUGCCUGUUUUUGAUGUUUCUUCUGAAACUCCCAACUUAUGGAAGAAAGAAUCACUCUCUUCCUCUUCCUCUUCCUCCAUCAUGGUGCCUCGAGCUACCUUGACCUUUGACCCUCCAUCAACCAAUGUGCCGAAGACUAGUCAAAGAAAGAACACAAUUGACCCAUCUGCCCCUGACUUUCUUCCUCUUCCAUCAUUCGAACAAUGUUUCCCACAAAGCACAAAGGAAUACAAAGAAGUUGUCCAUGAAAACACCGGUAAUGUCCUCAAAGUUCCAUUUCGACGUGUCCACCUGGCAGGUGACGAACCACAUUUUGACACGUAUGACACCAGUGGCCCACAAAACAUAAACCCACAAAUCGGACUCCCAAAACUUCGCAAAAAUUGGAUUGAUUCAAGGGAGAAAUCAAGUCCACCAAGGUACACGCAAAUGUACUACGCGAAGCAGGGGAUUAUAACCGAAGAAAUGCUUUACUGUGCAACCCGGGAGAAUCUCGACCCUGAAUUCGUCCGAUCAGAAGUCGCACGUGGUCGCGCGAUCAUUCCUUCAAACAAAAAACAUCUGGAACUUGAACCGAUGAUUGUUGGAAGAAAUUUCUUGGUCAAAGUCAACGCAAACAUCGGAAACUCAGCUGUUGUUAGCUCAAUUGAAGAAGAAGUUCACAAGCUUCAAUGGGCGACAAUGUGGGGUGCGGAUACGAUCAUGGAUCUAUCCACGGGUCGCCAUAUCCAUGAAACCCGUGAAUGGAUCCUCCGUAACUCAUCCGUUCCGGUUGGAACCGUUCCUAUUUAUCAAGCACUAGAGAAAGUCAAUGGAAUUGCUGAGAAUUUGACUUGGGAGGUUUUUAGGGAGACUUUGAUUGAGCAAGCUGAACAGGGCGUUGACUAUUUUACUAUUCACGCGGGUGUUCUGUUAAGGUAUAUUCCGUUAACUGCUAAACGGAUGACUGGGAUUGUUUCACGAGGUGGGUCGAUUCAUGCGAAAUGGUGUUUAGCUUAUCAUAAGGAGAAUUUUGCUUAUGAACAUUGGGAGGAUAUUCUUGAUAUUUGUAAUCAGUAUGAUAUUGCUUUGUCUAUUGGUGAUGGGUUGAGGCCUGGAUCCAUUUAUGAUGCUAAUGAUACUGCUCAGUUUGCUGAGUUAUUGACUCAAGGUGAGUUGACUCGAAAAGCUUGGGCGAAGGAUGUACAGGUGAUGAACGAAGGACCUGGACAUAUCCCAAUGCACAAAAUCCCUGAAAACAUGCAAAAACAAUUAGAAUGGUGCAACGAAGCCCCAUUCUACACACUCGGCCCAUUAACCACCGACAUCGCCCCAGGCUACGACCACAUCACCUCCGCCAUCGGCGCCGCCAACAUCGGAGCCCUAGGAACCGCCCUCCUCUGUUACGUCACCCCCAAAGAACACCUCGGUCUCCCCAAUCGCGACGAUGUGAAAACCGGCGUUAUCUCCUACAAAAUCGCCGCCCACGCUGCUGACCUAGCAAAAGGCCACCCACACGCUCAAGCCUGGGACGACGCUUUAAGCAAAGCGAGGUUUGAGUUCCGGUGGUUGGAUCAGUUUGCGUUGUCGUUGGACCCGAUGACUGCUACGGCGUUUCACGAUGAAACGAUGCCGUCUGAUGGUGCGAAAGUGGCCCAUUUUUGUUCCAUGUGUGGGCCCAAGUUUUGUUCGAUGAAGAUUACAGAGGAUGUGAGGAAGUAUGCGGAGGAACAUGGGUAUGGAAGCGCGGAAGAGGCUGUUCAGGAAGGGAUGGAUGCUAUGAGCGCUGAAAAUGAAGAUUGAUAAGGGAAAGCAUGGGAAGAAUGGAGAAUGGCCUUGGAUUGGAUUGGAUUGGAUGGAUUCUGGAAGAUGGGCCUAGUGUGGAAUGAGGUUCAACUUCAAACGCUAGGAAAAGCAUUUUCAGGCUGAGAAAGUCCCUUAGAACCUGAACAGGAUAAUGCCUGCGUAGGGAGAGUGCUUUUUUGUUUUUGUUUAUGUAGAGUUACGCAAGGACGAGCAUCUUGCUCUCAUCUCACGUGUUGCUGCCUCAGUAACCGGUUCCAUAUUACACUUGAGUUUACUUGACGAAGCUGGUUGUUUUUGUCAACAUAUCUAUAUAUAUUCCUUUUAUAAAAUGCCUAGGAAAUAGACAUCUCUUAAGAGUUAAGACUGAAUUUGUUACACAAGAUUCAAUUGAACUGAUGGUGGACAAAAAGUUGUAAUUAUUCGUCCCCAUUGACACAUGACUUAGCCCACCAAACGCACUAGAAGAAUG